UUCGGGCGCUAUCGCCGUACCACCGCCGCCGUUAGGGUCGGUUUAAGCUUUUUCAAUGUACGUUCGAGACAUAUCAUGUAAUUCGUAAACACAUUGUCUAGUUAAUAAUUUUCAAUACGGUUUAAUUGUGAUACAAAUAGAGUUAAUAUAUUUUCAAAAAGUCUAUUUUAAUAAAAGUUUGAAUUAAUGAGAUAUUAUACUAACCGUCGAAUGUACUACAGUCAGCGUUAAUAUGUGAGCUCUGUGCGUGCCGCAGGCCAUUAGUGCGCGUGUCGUGUACUCGUUGGUCGUCAUGUCGGCCAGGGUCACUGUGUUGACAUUGGCCGCCGUUCUGGCCGUUAUGACCACCAAAGCUUUGGCCAGCGAGUACCCUGAACGUGAGUGUUGUGAUACCAUUGAUAUACCACCGCCACCGUCGGUGUCAGGUGCUGUGGCCGUCAAAUCAGCCGCCAGUGGUCAUACGACCACCGAGGAACCGAAAAAAGAAAAGAAGAAUCAGCAAGAAACGCUCAACUGCCUGUUAGCGAGAUCUCUAUGUAACGAAGACCCAUCUUGUUUCAAAAUAAUCAACCUCAUACCGAGUUUGUGUGGCAACGAAAUAGUUUCGUGUUCGACGACGACGGUAAUCAAGUGCCGAGCUGCCCUGAAAACUCUUCAAGCGUUUCCGUUUUUCAAGCCUACAUGUUUAUGUCGUGAACCAAAAAUCGAUCAUGAAUGUAACUCUUUCCGAAACUUCUUGUUUGACCAUCCUUGUAAUUUUACACAACGAAAAGAGAUUGAUCCAUUCUACAUUGAUACGUUAGCAUCAUGCAACCAUGCGCUAUCAGUGUGCGAGUCAUCAGCAGACUGCUUGAAAACAUUCGAGGACUUUAAGAACAGUUGCAAAGUUGGCAAAAACAAUACUUGCGAAGCGCUCAACCUGGAAGACUGUCAUCAAGAUUGGAUCCGUUUAAGAAAAACUCCUAUCUUUGGAUGUAUAUGUCCACAAAACCAUUUAAAAAAGAGAUGUGAUAGAAUAUUUUCUAUGGUAAACGAAAAUUCGUGCAUAGGUCCCCAGUCGGUAGUGACUACGGACAAUUCUAUACUUAAUUUCCAGAGCACUUGUCACGAAGCACUAGAAGCUUGUAACAAACAUCCCGAAUGUCAGGAAAUGGUUGCGUCGGUAAUUCGAAACUGCAAUCAAAAACACUGCAGGAAGACAAAUUGCAUGGAAUCGUUGCAGAGUUUCUAUAGAAAUGAUUCUUUGCUACCUUUCUCUAUAGAAAUAGCGUUUUGUCUAUGCAAAAAAUCUGGUGUUGACAAAGAUAAAUGUUUAAUAGCUCAAGAAAUGUUACAUCCUGAAUGCGCUCAGCGCGUUGAUGGUCCAGCUAAAGUACCAUGUCAUUUUCUGGCUGAAACCUGCCGGACAAAACCAGAGUGCAGAUUUAGACUAGAGGCUUAUGAGCAAACAUGUUCGGUCGAUCAGCAAACAAACAGAUGCGCCGGAUCGCCAUCACAGUGUAGAGAAUCCAUACUCGGCGUAUUAGGCACAAUAUUGCGAACCAACUGUGCGUGUAAAGACACGUCUCCGGCCAAAUUCAACGACUGCAUGGGAUGGCAAAGAGUUUUUUGGUUCAAUUCAUGCGUUGUCGAAGCACAAAGAGAUUUUCACAUAUCUAAAAUGAAGUAUUUGAUGAACUCGUUAGACAAAUCAUCAUCAACUCGACAAUUAACGCCUAUCGGUACCAGACGUAAUCACCAACAUAAGAUCACCUCAACCGUUGCUGGUUUUAAGCCAUCGCCAACUGAAAUUGCAGUAUCUGAAGCUGUUGAUACAGAUGUUACAACAAUCAAAGUCUUGGUGGCUGGUAAAAUGUUCAAACAACCUGAAAGUACAGCAAUUCCAACGAGCACGCUCAGCACAUCAUUUAUUACAACUAUCACUACAUCAACUACUACUACUACCACUACAACGAUAGCUCCCCAGAUACCUUUGCGCGGCUGUAGCUUACAAAGAUCACCGCAUUACAACAAACAAUUCAUGUUAGAAGGCGACGUCAUUAGGCUUCACAGUUUGGAAGAUAAUUCUUGUUCGGAGGUAUGUCAUUGCAAACCUGGCGAAAGCCUUACGUGUCAGACCAUUUGUGUGGAAACAGAACCUUGCGAGACGGAAAUCGCCUUCUAUCAUCAUGAAUCGCCAGCAUACAUUGCUUUCCGCGGCCGUUGUAUUUGCUAUGUAGGUCGUUUCAUAUGUAUGCGACCAAAAUUAGGUACAUACAGCUUGACACCGGGAGUUUUCCUAUUCUUAGGUUAUAGUGAGAAAGAUGAAUCUCUUCUGAAGAGUUUGGACAUCAUGCAGUUUGAAAUUGGUGAUCUGGUUUAUUCUAUACAGAAAUUCAUUCAAGAUCAUAUGAAGUUCAAUACAACUUGCAAAUUACAUUUUCAUAGUUUAUCGUUCGAGAACAUGAUAAUUAAAGGUCAAGCGUCUCCUAAACUAACACCCAACGGUGGGUAUGCCAAAAACGCAGCCGAUGUCCGAUCUUCUGUCAUUCAAGAUAACUUGGCAUGCUUUGACAUACUAAAAAAUUUUUCUUACAUGGUUACCACUCAGGCCAUACCGAUAAAGACCAACAUGUUUCUAUCAGUACUGAAAAUCGCCGAGGUUGACGUUCUCAUGCCGGCUUUAAGUUCAUCUUGGGGUCUGAAAUCCUAUCAUCCUAACGACUUAGCUAUUUCAUUAGCGUUGGUAAUUAUUACCAUCUUAAUUGUACACCAAGUCUGAAACUAAAACAAAUGAGGUUUUUACGUAAUUUUUAACAACCACAUAAAACUAAUGGGUUUUCUACCAUUAUAAGAAAAACCGUGUUGUUACGGUGUCAUACAAAAAGAAGGCUGAAAUAAUUAACUAUAGUAUCAAGUUGGGUUAUAAAACUUAUUAUAAAUAUGUAUAUAAAAAAAUUGUGAUUAUUGAUAAGAUAUAGUCGCAUACUUAUUUUUAAAAGAAAAUUUCAAAAAACUAGAAAAAUCGUUUAACGAAGUAACGUGUUUAAAGUUUUUAGAACAUACCAUUAAAACACUCAAAAUAUAAAAUUAUUCCACUUCGUCUCUAAAUAGUAGUGAUAGAAAUAUUCUAAUUGAUUAAGCUAUAUUAAUAUGAGAGAGAGAGAGUGUUUCGUAAGAAUUUUAUUCAGCUUAGAUGUUUACAAAUAAAUAGACUAUUAAAUCUCGAAAAAAAAUUAUGCUCGUGUAAAGACACUGGGUAAUUUUACUGACACGUAAAAAUCGUAGCACGAUAUUAUUUUAAUUAUUCCAACUGCCUGGACUUUAUAAUUGUAACAGAAAUGGAUUUAUAUUUAAUAUUUUGACCCGACUGUCAAGCAGAGCACGCAAAGCGAAUUUAACAACAAACUUUACUACCAAAACGUGAAGGAAAAAAACUUCGAGAAAACAAUGAUUAUUUCUCUCCAAUAUCACUCUUUUCUUACUUGGUUGUAUUUUUAUCUGAAAAUACUUUUGCAUUGAUUUUUUCGGGUACAAUAACAACCCGGUCCCAUCGUCUAUCAGUAACCCUGUGUAUUUGACGACAAUGUAAUUUGUAAUAUUUCAUAUUAAUUAAAACUCUGAAACACUUAAGCUGCAACAAAGGUGACAACUUUUCAAAAUCGUCAUGAAUUGGGCAAGUUGAUGUUUGCAGUAAUAAAAAAAAUAGUGUUUAACGUAAUUAGACAGUUGAUGACUUGAUCUGUAAAAAUUUGUUAGUCUCUGGGGAUCAACAUUUAAUGCGAUGAGAUAGGGAUAACGUGGACAGAAAGUGCGAUUCAGUUCAAAUGCACUAAGUACCCACCGACGGUUUAACAACGAAAAACAUAAUAUAAUGAUUUUCUUUUAGCCGUUCUGUAUACCGUAGCAACGCCUCGUGGUCUACCGACAAUAUCAGCAGAAAGCACAUAUAUUAUGAUCCCGACCGGUCUAGGAUAUUUUAUGUGAGGACUUAAAACGCCGGUACAUUUAUAUAACUAUACAAGCAUCAUAAUAUUUUAUCAGAGUUACGUUUAUGGUGCACACAUACUUUUUAUAGCGCACUUGCUCGACGGAAGCAUCGAACUUAAACAUCCGUUUCGCACUCACUUGGCAUACACAACAUCAAGUACAUAUAUUAUGCACGUUCUGAUAAUAUCACUAUACAUGUAUGCGAUAACGAUAGUUUUUCCAAUACCUUUGCCCCCGUUCCUGUACACACGUGUGUAAACCGAUGAAUAUUAUAACCUGCUAAUAUUGAAUAUUGUCAAACGAAAAAACAUGUUAAAUUUCUAAAACAAAUUGUACUGAAUGAAUAAUUUAUUCAUUAUGCUUUGAUAAUUAUUAUUGUGGUAUCUAUUAUUAAAGGGACAUAAAUGCCAUUUUUUUUAUACAUCAUAAUGAUUUAGUUCCAUAUUUUUGUUUUAAAGGUAAAACAAAUGUGUUAUUUUAUAAUUAUGUAUUUUUUUUUUAUAUACAUAUAAUUUUAAUUACCCGCUUUUUUUAGUCCGACGAUAAACUAAACCCAUAAAAAAAAAUUAAAAAACUCAUACUUAUUGUAAGCAUCGUAAUUUCACAAUAAUUAUUUGAAUAUUACUGAGAAUUAAUAUUAUAUGGUACAACUUUUCGUGUACAUAAUAUACAAUAAUAUCAUUUUAUCAAGUUCCAAUGAAAAUUGAAUUCAAUAAACAACAUUUCAGUAUUUACUUAGAUAAGGUCAAUAACCUUAAAUAAAUGUAUUAAUAUUUUUUUUUUUUUUGACACUUUUAACAGUUUGAUUUAUGCGACAAUAUCAUUACUGUAGUAAUUGCAUUGAUAAAAUCAAUAAGGUUUUUAUAUUAUGAACAGUAACUUUUUUUCAUGAUUUAUGGUGUUUUUAGCAUGGGCAGAAAUUUACAAACAACUUAUACUAAAAUUUCAAUCAAAAUAUUCUCUUUCCAAACAAAUUAUAAAAGAAUUUUUAUCAGAAAAAAGUCAUCAACUUUUAAAUAUUUGGGUGUAGUCAUAAAUUUUAGGGUAUUAUUAUCAAUCAUUCAGGUUUAAAUCCUUUAAGACCUCGCCCAGUGUUAACGGAGUGUAAGUAUCUAUAAAUUAUUUUGAUAGUUCAAGUUAAUCAUGUUCGAAACACUCUCUCCAAUUUUGUUAAAAAGUAAAAUGAGUUAAUUUUUUUCAAGAGUCUUUACCAUAUCAAAAUAAAUUGAAGCAUAUAAUAAUGUAUACAUCAUAAUCAUAUCAUGUGUUAAUUCAUAAAACACUUUAAAAUGUACUCAUAUCAUUGGUCGAAUUUCAAUUUAAAAACGUAUUGCCGUGCUAUCUUUUUAAUGUUUUAACAAAUUUUAUUUAGAAAAUAACAGAUAAGAAGUAUUUUUAAAAAAAUAAAUACCUAAAAGUACAACAUUUAUAUUCCAUUUUUCAAUUAAAAUUUUUUUUUACAAAGUUUAAAUAACUUUUUUAUACAAGUUUUACCUAGUGAAAAAAUAAAAUCUAUCAGCUUAAAUACGAAUUUCCAACUCUUUGAAUGAUUAAUGAAUUAUUAAUAUAUAAGUUUUAAAAGGAAGAAAUUUUCAAAAAUAAUAAUAAGUAGUAUUUUUAACGUUAUGUAAUAAUAAUUAUCUCUAUUGCUUACACAUAAAGACGAUUAUUUAUCACUGCUACUAAA